UUGAGAUUUUGUUAUUUUAAAGAGAAAUUUCGUUAUGUUUUGAAGUAAAAUCUUUGAAAAAUCAGAAGCAAAGAAUGGCGAAAUUCAGUAGCUGUACACUGCUACAGUUACUCUUCAUUUUCACGUUCUUUUCUCUGUCCUAUGGCGACAAUAUGGGGCCACUAUGCAGUGAAUUGAAAGAGGUCAGAAUUAACUACAGGAAUUACUAUACGUUGUAUCUUGGCGACGAUCCUUUUGCUCCUGGAAAUAUAGAGGAAACCGGACUUUUCGUGACCAUGAUAAGGGACGCUGUUCGACUGUGUUGUUCUACUACCAAGCUGACUUAUGUUUUGAUACCGCAAAUUCCUGGGACCCCCGACAAGGAAAUUGAAGAGAUGGCGGGUCUCCUCGCCGGAGUAACCCAAGAAGACUCUAUAGAUCUCUUCUAUCCAGAAUUUGUGUACAAAAAGUUGCAUAACGUUUACGACACACAGAUGCCAUUCAUACGACUUUCCCGUUCACCUGGACCUGCCCUGGCUAUGCAUAAGCCGAAGGAGAAAGAACCGGUGUUUGUCGGGGAAAUAUUUUUGAAAUCAUGGGCUAUUAUAAUGUUCUUGAUAACUUUCGCGUGGAUCGUUGGAAUUUUGGUGUGGAUCUGUGACCAUUAUGUGAACCCAAAAGAUUUUCCAAGUCCGUUUUACGUUGGCAUGAUGGAGGGAUUUUGGUGGAGUGUUGUCACUAUGACUUCUGUAGGGUACGGCGAUAAAACGCCCAAGGGACCAAUUGGCAGGAUUUUGGCUGUUCUCUGGAUUUUGAUCUCCUCGGUUAUUCUGUCUUUGUUCACGGCCAACGCGUCCUCUAUCUUGGCAAUAAGCCAGGCAGAAGAGGAUUACACCAGUACACUUGGAACAAGGAUUGGAUGUUUUAACAGCAAGCAUUUCUUUGACGUUGAGUUGAAUCUUGGCGCGCAGUUAGUGGGAUUUAGCAACCUGAUCCAUCUGUUGUUCGCAAGCCAAGCAGGAAAGGUAGACCGAAUCUUGUUCCCAAACUACUUGGAUUACCUCAUGCUAAAGACACUACCUGGAGGCAAGGAAGUGAUGAGCACAUUCAGGUUGACUAACACCUUGGACCAUCCGUUUCAAAUUGGACUGGUGCUUGCCGUGAAUCCAGCAAAUACAACACAAAGAGAUCAGAGCUUCCUUCGUUGCAUGAGAGCUGAGAUACCCAGCCUCGAAAGGAAGUACCGUCGCUUGUUCUUUGGCAAUGUUGUAUUGGAAGGUGAAUCGACUUCUAAAAAAGAAAAGGUACCUUUGGACAGUGAUGCUCUUUUAACGAUGACCUACUGGUUCUUUGUUACCAUUGUGUGCCUCAUGGCGAUUGGCCUGUCUUGGGAUUAUUGGAUGCAUUGGAAGAAGACACAUCCUCAUGGGCUCCAUGGUCCUGAUGAGCAACAAGGUGAUGUUGAAAUGACUGAAGUUUCUCAUACCGAGGCGGAUGAAGGAACACCUUAUGGAAGCCUAGACGAAGAUGUUCUUUCCAAUCAAUAAAGUCCGCGGAUAUAUUCUCAAAAUAGCUGUUUUCCACAAUAGUUAUAUUGUUACAACCAGAAAUAUUUUCAGUACAAACGUACAUUUUUAAUUUUGUGUGAAAAUUUGUGUGUGCCAAUGAAACACACUGUACUUUAAUUCAA